CCCAGCUGUGGAGCCAUGGCCCCGGGCCGCAGGGCCACGGUCAUCUCGGUCCUGCUGGGGCUGGGGGUGGCCCUCGCCGUCAUCGUGUCCGCCGUGGUCCUCUCCCGACGCCGCAGUCCCUGUGGUCCUCAGGCCUUUGCCCGCGCGGCUGUUGCUGCAGAUUCCAAGGUCUGCUCGGACAUUGGACGGGCGGUCCUGCAGCAGCGCGGCUCUCCUGUGGACGCGGCCAUCGCUGCGCUGGUCUGUACCGGAGUGGUCAACCCUCAGAGCAUGGGCCUGGGGGGAGGAGUCAUCUUCACCAUCUACAACGCCAGCACAGGGAAGGUGGAGGUCAUCAACGCCCGGGAGACAGUGCCCGCCAAGACCUCCCCAGGGCUGCUGGAGUGGUGUAAGCAGGCACAGCCACUGGGCAAAGGGGUCCGCUGGAUCGGGGUCCCCGGGGAGCUCCGCGGCUACGCCGAGGCCCACCGGCGCCACGGCCGCCUGCCCUGGGCGCAGCUGUUCCAGCCCACCAUCCGGCUGCUCCGCGGCGGCUUCCGCUUGCCUGCCGUGCUCAGCCUGUUCCUGAACAGCACCCAGCUGCGGCCCUUCCUGCAGGAAUCAUCCCUGAGGCAGCUCUUCUUCAACGGCACAGAGCCCCUCCGGGCUGGAGACCCCUUCUCAUGGCCUGCACUGGCCACCACCCUGGAGACCGUGGCCAAGGAGGGCCCGGAAGCAUUCUACUCUGGGAGACUGGGCCAUGCACUCCUGGAGGACAUUGCCAAGGAAGACACUCAGCUGACCAUGCAGGACCUGGGGUCCUUCCAGCCUGAGGUGGUGGACGCCCUGGCCAUGCCCCUGGGGGAGUACACGCUGUACUCCCCGCCACCACCCGCAGGGGGCGCCAUUCUCAGCUUCAUCCUCAAUGUGCUUCAAGGCUUCAACUUCUCCUCUGAGUCUGUGGCCAGGCUGGACGGGCGCGUGGACUUGUACCACCGCCUCGUGGAGACGCUCAAGUUUGCUGAGGGGCAGAGAUGGCGCCUUGGGGACCCUCGCGUCCACCGGGAGAUCCUGAACUCCUCCCACGAACUGCUGGAGGAGGCUAUGGCCCAGAGCAUCCGGAAGCUGAUUGAUGACCGGGGUGACCACCCGGGCUCCCACUACAACCUGACCAGGCUCUGGGCCCCCCGCAUGGGCACCGCCCACGUGUCUGUGCUGGGGGAGGACGGCAGUGCCGUGGCGGCCACGAGCACCAUCAACACUCCCUUUGGGGCGAUGGUGUACUCCCCGAGCACUGGCGUCCUCCUCAACAAUGAGCUCCUGGAUCUGUGCUGGAGGCACUCACCACUGGGUGCCACCCCCAAACCCGGUGAGGGGGCCAGCUGGGCCUGCAGGGGAGACAGCGAUGGGGGGGCCGCUGGGGCCUGGUGUGACACUGUGGCCUCAGUUCCAGGUGAGAGGCCCCCUUCGUCCAUGGUGCCCUCCAUCCUGAUCAGCAGAGCCCGGGGGGCCAAGCUGGUGAUCGGCGGGGCUGGUGGGGAGCUCAUCAUCCCGGUGGUGGCCCAGGCCAUCAUGAACAAGCUGUGGCUUCGCCAGGACCUGCAAGAGGCCAUCAAGACCCCCAUCGUCCAUGUGAACAGCCAAGGCCUCGUGAGCUACGAGCCCGACUUCAACCAGGAUGUACAGGUGGCGCUCCAGGCGCGCGGGCAGACCAAGAUCAAGAGGGACCUCUUCCUGAACGUGGUGCAGGCCGUGUUUCAGGAGGGCGCCUGUGUGUACGCCGCCUCGGACCCCAGGAAGCUCGGGGAGGCCUCAGGCUACUGAGCCCCU